GCCACGAACAAUAUACCAAGUAUGAGUUCAAAGCUUGUUAAAGUUGGAGAAAAGUCUUACCGCUCAUGCGAAUCAUCUUGUGACUGAUUUCUUGUGACUUGGAUCAAUUAUUUACCUGCCGCCCUAUUCACCUAAGCCUCCUUUAGUCAGCCGUGUUACGAAUUGCUAAGACGCGAUGCCUCGAUGAGUCUCUAGAUGCUUCACGAUGCUGCCUAAGAGACGACACUCAUUACUGAUUCGAAGUACCUGAUCUCUCUAAUAAGCUCGGGCGCCUUCGGCGUUGUGGAAGAAUGACCAUCUACCGUUCUCUGCAAUCCCUAUCGCCGACGGAAAAUCGAUUUCUGAGUACUGAUGAGGAUGAAAGUCUAGACUUCGUUGGCGGUGAAGAGGACAAUGAUGUGACACAGCACCCUUUACUUGUGUCUGAGAGUGGCGACGUCGAGGAGGUGACAACAAAGUCCGCCGAAGUCCACCAACGCCAACCGCGGUGGAUAAUCGCUGCGUUUAUAAUUGCCUGUUUCGGAACAGUACUUCCUCUGACGUUACUGGCAUUAUCGCUCGACCUUCAGGGGCGACCAACGCCAUCUCCUAUAGAGAUCGCAUUGGGUGCCUCUCUUCGACGCCCAGACGAGGAUUACAUCCUAGAUCCCGAAUGGGACUUUGGAGCCCCCAACCAAGUACGAACGUAUGAUUGGGUCAUCGUCGACAAGGAGGGCAAUCCGGAUGGUGUUGUAAAGCCAAUGAUGACGAUCAAUGGGCAGUUCCCUGGUCCGUUGAUAGAAGUCAACGAAGGUGAUGUGGUUGAAGUCAACGUUCAUAACUCGGCUGUCAACUCCACCGCCAUCCAUUGGCACGGCAUUUUCCAGAAUGGCACGAACUGGAUGGAUGGAGCCGCGGGCGUGACUCAAUGUCCUAUUGCCCCUGGAGCAUCGUUCCGAUACAGGUUCAACGUCACUGGUCAAGCUGGUACUUAUUUCUAUCACGGUCAUCAAGGGGUCCAGGCUCUCAGCGGGCUCGUAGGGCCGUUUGUGGUCCACAGUAGAGAAGAAGCAACGUAUCAGCCCGUCCCUUAUUCGUCGGACCGCGUCAUUCUCCUCCAGGACUGGUAUUAUGAUUCAGACAGUGGGCUAAUGCGAGAUGUUUUAUCUCCGGGCGUCGAGGAUGCACCAAUACCCAAUACAGCUUUGAUUAACGGUGUGAACCAAGCUGACUGCUCGUACCAUCCCAAUCGGUCGUGUUCGGACGCGGACAAAUCUUUACCGAACCUGGAUUUGGCCCCUGGCCAAGGCCAUCGGUUAAGGUUCUUGAAUGUUGGGGGGUUUGCCUGGUUCCAGGUAGCAGUAGAUGAGCAUGAUUCCCUGCCAAUUAUCGAAGCGGAUGGAACCACCAUUAAGCCCAACUCUGAAUCUAUGCUAGUGAUUGCCCCAGGGCAACGUUAUAGUAUAGUCUUGACAGCAAACCAGUCCAGUGAAGAGGCCUUCUGGCUUCGAGCCAGAAUGAUAAAAUCUUGCUUUGCAAGUCAAACGCUCCCAGAAAAUGGCAUCGAUGAGGCAAAGGCCAUCAUACGCUACCGGGCCGAGGGAAAGAGGCACGAUGACCACGGGCCCUCUUCCCUGCCCACAACAAACUCGAAGCUUCAGUAUAUCCCGACAUGCAGAGACUUGAGUUCCACGACUUCAUUAUCACCUCACCCAGCUAAGCCAGCUCCUGAAUAUGCCGACCACUCGUGGCAUAUACGCGUGAACCUCGCCAUUGGCGACUGGCGACUGCAAAGAGGCGUCAUGAAUUCCUCCUCGUUCCGACCGAAUCUUAAAUCGCCCACUCUGCAUCGCGUACUCGAUGGACUCGCCUCAAAUAAUGAGUCUUUCACUCAAGCCGGUAUACUAAAUUCCGCAUUCGAUCCCGAUUCCGAGUUAGUCGUCUCUCACACCGGUGCCGCCGAGACCGUCGAUAUCAUUCUACAGAACAUGGACGAAAAUGCCCAUCCCUUCCAUCUUCACGGCACACAGAUGUGGGUUUUGGGUGCCGGACACGGAUACUUCCCUGGUUAUGACGCAUUUGGUCUCAAAGAUGAUGGCAAGGGCCUUCAGUUUCCCACGGUGACGCACACCACCGACAACCCCCUGAAACGAGACACGGUGACGGUCGAGGGCUUCGGGUGGGCACUUCUUCGCUUUGUCGCAGACAACCCAGGUGUGUGGCUUUUUCAUUGUCACGUAAUAUGGCACUCGGAAGCAGGCAUGGGAAUGCAGUUCAUCUCCCGAAUAGAUUCUAUGAGGGAAUGGGAACUUCCUGAAGAAUCAAGGCAGCUGUGUAAUGCAUCUGAAGAGGAACUAAGGAAAGGCGCUCCACCAAAGGACGAGGUAUUCUUCGGUUUCGGCAAUAGUGAGAGAAGAUGAAACGGGGUUGUUUAUGUACAGGAUGCUCUUGGUCCCGCCGAGGAUUUUAUAUAACACGAGACCAAAACUACAUCGGAAAGGGCGUAGUAAUUCGGCGUUAUAGGAUGGCGAUGGUGGCCACCUGCAGGCUACGGUUUUGUGACGGGAUUUAACACAAAGUCCAUGGUGUACAUAAGCAUUUAUAAUCCUCCAGGCGUGUAUUACGGAUACCACGUAGAGGUUAUGUAGAUAGAUACGUGGAAAGAUACAUACUUUUGUAGGAUAGUCGUAGAUAUAUUAUGUGUACUUAUACGUUCAGAAUUUGCUCGGGGAACAAGUAGCCUCGUUGAAGCAUCAUGGAGAUAAGCCCAAUGGAAUUAGGUACCUAGACAUUUGAUAUGAUAGUUUGAAUUGAUUAGUGAACAUGCC